AUGUUUCCAAGGGUACCUUCACGCUCUCCUCCUCGAUAUCGGUAUAUAUACCCUCCACGUGGGAACUCGUUGUUCAAUUCUGAACCUGGACGCCGCCAUACCCAGCAUACCCGUGGUUCAUUGACCUUGCCAAGGCUACCUGAACUGGAUACCUUCUUCAACGAGGAUGCUGAAGCUUUUCAGUCCCGCCACGCGCCUUCAGAAGACUCCUUACCUGAUCCAUCUAAUAUACUCAAAGAAGUGUAUAUGCCGAGGACUGUCAAUUAUGGAUUGCAAGCUGUCACUCCAGUUCCUCCUGUCGAAUUGUCAAGUGACGAAGAAUUGCAAUUCCCAGACCCGGAACCUAUUUCCCAGCCUGUUUCUAUCAAACGGGGCCACGGUCGUCCUAAAAAGGCUCCUGUUGCUGCUUCUCAUAGCGAAAUCAUUCCGGUUGUGCCUUCAUUUACGUUUGAGCUCCUCUUGCACCUCAUAAAGCCAGACCGACCUAUCACUGGAAAACUCAAGAAAACAAAAGGCAAAGCUACGAAACAGGAACCUGAGAAGCGAGGGCCAAUCUAUGUCUCUUCAGAAACUGACUACGCUGCUUUCCUUUCUAAAAUUGCCAGUCUCGUUCCCGCUCCUGUCACUGGCCUUUCCAUUCAGUCAUUCGAGUGGCAUUUUCUUUCACCAGCAACUGGUCCUUGGCUUCCUAUUACUACGGAGGAGGGUUAUCAGUCUAUGCUUGGUAAGUUGAGGAAAAAGCAUGCAAAGGAUGAGGCCUAUGUCAUUAUUCAAAUGAAGAAACCUGUUCAAACAAUCAUCCCUGCUACUGUCGAAUCUGUGAUUGAUGAAGACGAGAGUUCCGAUGAUGACUUUCGGGGUCCUGUAGCAAAGAAGGGAAAGAUUGACGAUGAAUUAGAAGGCAUUACACAGCACCUUCAGUCACUUUAUCCAGUGGGAAAGUGCGAGCACGACCCAACCAUUUCGUGCUUUCAUUACCGUCCCGGCAACCUCCAUUUUGAACUGACUCGCGGACGUCUUCUAGUCUGGGCCCGUGACAUUAAAUAUCUGCCAUCCAUUCUGCCCGCAACACAUCAUCUCGCUCGGUCGCAGCUUUACGAAGACGUUUAUACGUCAAUCCGGCAUCCUGAAUGA